CUGCACCGGUCCAUCCAUGCAGCCCUGCCCAUCCUGCUGCUGCUGCGCACGCCUGACACAUCACAUAGCAGCAACACAUCAGGGCACACAGCAGCCAGCUUUUAUCAAAAAAAAAUUUAACUUUUAACAACAAUCAAAUCAGACAACAUGGGCAACGUCCAGCCCACCAUAGUCCCCUUUGAGGAUUUUGAUGUCACGGCUGAUAUAAAAGCCUUAAGACAAGCAUGUAAAGGUUUGGGCACAGAUGAAGAGGUUAUUAUCCAGAUCCUGGCCAACCGCUCUGCAGCUCAGCGUGUGGAAAUCAAACAGGCCUACUUUGAAAAAUAUGACGACGAGCUGGAGGAGGUUCUAAAGAAGGAACUCACAGGUAGCUUUGAAAAUGCCAUAGUGGCCAUGUUGGACGAGCCCCGCGUUUUCUUUGCCAAGGAGCUCAGGAAGGCCAUGAAAGGGGCGGGGACUGAUGAGGCUGUUUUGGUGGAGAUCCUGUGCACUGCUACAAAUGAGGAUAUCCUGAGCUACAAGGAAGCUUAUGCCCAGGUAAAUGAGCGAGACUUGGAGGCGGAUAUAGAGGACGAUACCAGUGGAGAUGUUAGGAACCUGCUUAUUUCACUGCUACAGGCGAGCAGAGAAGAAGGCUACGACGUAGACGAGGGAUUGGCCGAACAAGAUGCCAUAUCUUUGUUUGAGGCAGGUGAGGGCAGGUUUGGCACAGACGAGUCAACCUUCACCUACAUCCUGACACACAGGAACUACCUGCAGCUUCAGGCUACCUUUAAGGCCUACGAGUCUCUUUCAGGAACAGAUAUUUUGGACACCAUCGACUCGGAGGCUACAGGGACCCUCAAAGACUGCUACAUCACUAUUGUGAGGUGUGCUAAGAACCCACAGCUCUAUUUUGCCCGCCGCCUGAAUGCUGCAAUGAAGGGCCUUGGCACUGAUGAAGACACACUCAUCCGCAUCAUUGUAGGCCGCUCUGAGGUCGACUUGGAGACAGUGAAGGACAUGUACCUCGAGAAAUACGACAUCACCCUAAAAGAUGCCCUUGACUCGGAGUGUGGAGGAGACUUUAAGCGUCUUCUCUUGGAGAUCUUGCACUAAAUCACAGUCAAUUUGUCACCUGUCUUGUUCUACCAUGAAAUAACAAAAUCUAAUCUAUCUACUCUACUGUUUUUAACACUUUACAAGUACUUCUUGUUACUCUGGUCUUUCUCCACGUUUUAGAAAUUUAACUUUACAGCACGGACCAAAAUCAACUCAAUAUAAUCCAGUUUAGUGUUCCACAUUACGUAAUUUUUACAGAUUUUGUUAACACUUUUAAAACUUUUUACAAUACCAUCUGAGUAUAAUAAAGCGCACUGUUAGU